CGGCGUUCCCUCCCGAGGUAAGGGUUCGAGCCCCGGCGUUGCUCCAUUCCAGCCAGAUCCUGGAAGUCCCAAAUCCUGCGGCAGCACGUGUCUGCGUCCCGCUCCCCGCCCGGGACACGGAGCCAGGAGACCCACGACCCCGCUGGUCCCUUCUGGGCUGGGGGAGACACCUCUCCCUGGCUGGAUGUUAUCUUGAGGAGAAGCGGGCAGCAGCGUUGCAGACAGGAAAGGAUGCAGCGCCACGCAGACAACACGCAGGCAGGGGAGGAGCCGGAAGCAAAGCAGGAUGAAGCCCCUCUGCUUGCUGAGCAGCCCUCCUCCCGCACAGGGCUCUGCUCCGCUCGCUGUGGCCUGACCCUGGUCCUGCACAUCUCUCUCUUCAUGGCCUACGGGCUCCGGGUCAGCCUCAGCAUCGCCAUCGUCGCCAUGACUAACGGCAGCCAUCCCCACGGCUGGUCCGGCAGCGCUCCCCACAGCUCCUACUCUGGCUUUGCUCAGGAUGCCCCUGUGUACAGCUGGAGCCCCGAGACUCAAGGAAUCAUUCUCAGCUCCUUCUUCUAUGGCUACGGCCUCACACAGGCACUGGGCGGGUACUGCUCAGGGCUGUACGGGGGGAAACCCAUCCUGGGCAGCGGGCUCCUGCUCUCCUCCGUCCUCACCCUCCUCGUGCCCCGAGCAGCAGAACUCGGCGUGAACUUCCUCAUUGGGCUGCAGGUGCUGCUGGGCUUGGCUGAGGGAGUGAUAUUUCCAGCUCAGUACACGCUCUGGGCAAAAUGGGCCCCUCCGCUGGAACGCAGCAGGCUCAUGAACAUUGCUGAUGCUGGAUGCACCUUUGGGACGUUUUUUGCUCUCCUUGUGGCUGGGAUCAUCUGCCAGAGUCUGGGGUGGCCUUUUGUCUUCUACAUCUUUGGUGCCGUGGGCUGUGCCUGGUGCCUCUGCUGGUUCCUCCUCGUGUACGAGGACCCUGCGCAUCACCCGUGGAUCAGUGCCAGGGAGCAGGAGUACAUCGUGUCGUCGCUGGCUCACCAGGGUACCUGUCAUGGCCACUCCCUCCCACUUGUGGCCAUGGCUAAAUCACUGCCUCUUUGGGCAAUCACCAUUGCCUGCUUCUGCACUGACUGGCUGUUCUACAUGCUGCUGACCUCCAUGCCCACGUUCAUGAGCACUGUCCUCCACUUUGACCUCAGAGAGAACGGGCUCCUCUCCUCCAUGCCUUAUGUCGGGAAUGGGCUGGGGCACAUCCUGGCUGGGCUGCUGGCCGAUUUCCUCCUGACCAGGCGAAUGCUUGGCACAGCAGCUGUCAGGAAGCUCUUCUCAGCACUCGGGAUGCUGCUCCCAGCUGCCUUCCUGGUGGCUGUUCCUUACAUUGGCUGUAGUUCCACAGUUGCUGUGGUCCUUCUAACGCUGGCCUUGACAAUAAUCAGCCUCACAGGGGCAGGCAUCAAUAUUAACCACAUUGAUAUAGCACCCAGAUAUGCAGGGUUCCUGCUGGGAAUCACAAACACCUUUGGCAUAGUAGCAGGAAUUAUUGCUCCUACCGCAGUUGGACUUCUUGUCAGCCAGGAUCUCCAGACUGGUUGGAGGAAUGCCUUCUUCGUAUCUGCAGCCCUCAACCUGUUUGGCCUGAUCUUCUAUGUAGCCUUUGGCAGCGGAACCAUCCAAGACUGGGCUAGGGAGGACGCUGCUGGGCAGUGAGAGCCAUGAGCAUGGGAAGGUACACAAGGGAACGGGCUGCAAACAGGCAUGGGGCAGGCAGGAGCCCCCUCCGUUACUCUGCUCUCACCUGCACAGCAAAGAGCCGUGUGUUCCUGCCUGCUCCCGGGGCUCUUGCAGCAUCCUCAGGCAGUGGCAUGAGCUACACAGCCUUGCCUGCACUCUGACUCUUGGAAGUGCCCAGCUCUGUUCACCUUCUGAUCGGAUCUGCUGCCCUGGGGAGGCACCAGCCCUUGACCAGUGUCGCCUGCUGUGCAUUUAACCCUGCCCUCAGCCUCUGCCCAUGGGAAGGAACACUGCAGCAUGGGCAGAUCCUACAUGAGAUCCACGGAGAGCUGUUAAAGCUGGCUGGCAGCCGAGCUCUGUGAGGAGCCCGUGGCUAUUUCCGGCAAAGCUGUUCUGAAGUAAAUCGAUAAU